UUUCGAAUCACAGCUGUAAUUCGAAUAUUAUUUGCGUAUAAACAUCACGUUAAUAUGGCCUGGAUUGUAUUGAUAUUUCUCAAUUUAUUUGUCGCUGUGAACAGUAUAUUGUUGAAUCCACAGCAAUCGUGUGUCCCAACGACUACUGUCAAAGGGCCGUGCCAUGUUUGUGUGUGUGACACUCGUGGCGUGUUUAUCUGUCACGCCAUAAAAUGCAAGCAAACGAAGGUCAAUCCUAGAAUCUCUGUGAAAGGGGAAUGUCAGCCCAAAAUGACUUAUAGAUACGAAGAGCUCUUCUGCAUGUGCAGCUACGAAGGCAAAUGGAUGUCAUUUAACUGCCGACAAACAUUUCGGCGUCUCCAGAUGAGCAAGACUUUAGUAAAACAUCCCAUGAGGACUAAUAUUACAUCAAAUAUAACAAAACCAGAUAAAAAAAACCUACCACAGAUCCGUGAAGGUGAAAAAUGUGUUGCCGGUAGAUUGUAUAAAAUGUCCUGCAAUACGUGUAGAUGUGGAGAGAACCAUAAUCUAAUAUGCAGUAAAAUGGCCUGCGUUCAAAAUCCAGUUUCAAACCCGUCAAAAGUCACGAAAGAAUAUCUUAGAAGUGACACCAAAGGAUCAGACGUGAAGCAAAAAAAGAAAAGUAACAAAAAAGAGAAGGUUAGGAAAAGGGCAGUACUACCGAAGUUGCCCAAAGGUGCUUGUGUCCCAGGGAAACUAUAUACCAAAGGAUGUAAAAAAUGUUACUGCACUAACGAAAAAUCCCCAGUUUGCACAACAACUUGCGCAAAUAACAAAAUAAGCCGUUUAAGUGACCAAGAUAUAGCAGAAAUAGAAGGAAGAUCUGAAUAUGAAUUACCGCAAUUGCCGCAUGUGGGAGUCGAGUGUGAACCCGGCCAAUCCUAUCUCGUGGAGUGCAAUGUAUGUUUCUGUUCAGAGAGACGAGAUCUUUUCUGCACUAUGAAAUACUGCCUCAAUGUGAAGAGCUAUUCAGAGAACGCCCUUGCUGAAUAUGAAGGAAAACCUUGUGUCAGUGAUUUUAAAAAGUAUUGUAUGAACUGCAAGUGCGUAAAUAAGAAAAGUUCGUGCAAUUUAUUAAAGAACUGUAAUUCAAUCAUGACUGGGCGACAACUGCUCACUGAUGGGGAUCACGUAGUGAAACUGGCUUUGGACGUUAAAAAAGACCAUUGCACUCCUAAUGUAACUUACAAAGUUCACUGCAACGAUUGUUACUGUCAGCCCGAGGGUGAUUUGAGAUGCACUCAGAAAAUGUGCCUCACUUACUCUCAAACGAAACAAUUACAGGAUCGGGAAGAGUAUCUAGAGAAACAUGGUCUUUAAUUUGAUUAUAACAAAAAAAUAAAAUAAAGCGUUCCUCCAUUUUAAAUUGAACUUAAUAUAAGAACUAUUCAAGCA